CCCUGCCCCCCUCACAGCUGAUCCCCUCCGCAGCCCUACCCCACCCCUGGAUCAUGCUGCUGCUGGGUUCGACCCUUGCCCCCGCUGGUCUGUCUGCUCUGUUCUCAUGGGGCAGCACCGCUAUCAGCGCCGAGCAGGUGAGGGGCCCUAACCGGGCAUUGCUAAGGGAAGCUGGGGCUCAAUCUCCAGCCAUGCCCCCGUGCCCCCCCUGCAUUGGGACAGCACCUGGCGCCCGGGACAACAGGCAGCCACCGAGCGAGCCGGGCACCAUGUCUCCCCUCCGCGCUGUUCUGUUCUCCUUGCUCUUCAUCGCCUCCUCACUGGCCCAGGACGGCGCAGUGCAGGGCACCACAGAGGGCUCCAGGACGCUGCAGCCCUGGCUGGUGGGGCUGACGGCCGUCGUGGUCUUCCUCUUCAUCGUCGUCGUGCUGAUGAUCAUCAACAGAGUCUGGUGCUACAAGAAGCGCAGGAAUGAGGAGGAGCCGCUGGGAGAACCUGCCCAAUCCAGGUAAAGCGUCUGCCUCUGUGGCUGCAGCCCCGGCGCAGCGACGUUUUGGGGGUUCUCUGGGGUGCAGUGCAGCACUGGCUGCAGUGACCCCGGGUGGCAGGGCAGGGAAGGAGGCAGCGUGGGCUGGUGGCCGAGUGGGCCGGUGUUCCUGGCUCUGGGGCGAGUCCCUGGCCCUCCCUGCACGCGGAUUGGAUCGGCCUCCUGCGCUUUGCGCUGGAGGGGGAGGUGGGGCAGGGCCCAUCGCUGUUGGACUUUGUAUCAGCGUAAGAGCUCCCGGUGCCUGCCUCACAUGAUGCUUCCCAGCCCCAGGCAGCUAACCCUGACCUCUCACUGCUCUGGGGAAGUGCAGCUGGCACUGGGGGGAGGGGGGCCUAGUGGUUGGGUGCCGGCCUGGCAAGCAGAUUAUAAUUCCCGGCUCUGCUACACGCUCCCUCUGGGCCUCAGUCCCAUCUGUACAAGGGGGUAAUGGCCCUGCCCUGCCCCACAGGGGCUGUGAGGGUGAAUGUGUCGGUGAUUGUGGGGUGCCCAGGGCCUAUGGGAUGGGGCCAGAUAAGGGCUCUGGCUGGAUCCCUCCCAAUUGGAGGCCCCCAGAAGUAUCCUGUCCUGCCAGCAGCCUUGUUGUGCCUAUUGGCCCUAAGAAAUGGGUUCUGCCCGUGGCUUGGACACCCAUCUCCCGGCGACAGGAGUGUCUGUAACAUCUAGAGGCCCCACGUGAGCUCAGGGGCCCUGUAUGCCAGGGACACCCCCGCAGAGCCAACACCCUAAGUGAGC